UCUUCAUGAAGGAAAUUUGUAAGUUGACCCAGAUUUCUGCGAAAAUUAAAAACAUUUUAAAACGUUUGUUCAAGGUUUCUACUCUGAAAGCUGCAUUCAGCAAUCUCAAAAUGUCAGAUGAUGAUGAUGAUGAAAUGUGCGACCAGGAGCAUGAUGGUGCAGAAGAAGACGUUGACAUGAUCUCACGUAGUGAUGACAUCACCUCCAGCCAGCCAGGCCAUGCUGCCACACAGUCAACUGCAACUUGUCCAAAUGGAGGGUCUCACACUGGUGACUUAGUGAGCAGUGUGUCGGACACAGGACAGAUUGCAGAGUCCACCGGCAGUGAUCAGCCAUGUGACUGCAGCAGCUCCAGCACUCAAUCUCACCCCACUAUGCACAGGACUGACACAGUUGCACAUUCAAGCUGUUCCCAGAGUGAGUGUGAUGCGUCGGGUACCAUGUUUGAGCCCAUGAGUCAGUCUGACAGUGUGGGGUGUCCAUCGGAUACAGAGAGUGAGAUAGUCGUGGAUGACAGCCCCUCUGUGAAUGAAAUCUCUGCAGAGAGGUUGGUGUCCUCCAACAGUGUCAGUGACAGAGAAGACAUUGACAUUGGAAGAGAGGGUUCAGUUAGACCGCUAAACAGGUCAAGAUCUGUAACUCCCAGCCCUUCAUAUCUCCGACUGGCCACUCCUAGCACCCCAGGGACCCCUCGACUACGUUCAGGGUCCGUCAGUGGGGUCACGUUCUCUCCAGUAUCCCCAAAACCCACUGCAAGAGGGACCCCUACUGAUCGACAACGUUCAGGGAGUAUGGGGGAAAUAGAAAUGCGAGAAAGAAUGUCUGGACGUGUGAAAAUCAAUGAUGGUCUUGACAUUUUGCAGUUGCCUAGGCCUAGAAAUCCUGGUGGGAUCUUGCCCUUUAAUGGGCACAGUAGCCCAGAUAAUCUACAUGAGUCGAAUGAGGCACUUAAUUUGACCAUAGAGCCCAGACAAUUGAAAGAUAAGUCAGGUAACUCCCUGGGUAAUGGUUUAUUAAGUAGUUACAAAUCAGAAAGCUCAACCUCUGGCGUAACAUCAUCAUCGAAGCACUCCAACACCAGUUAUAUGAUCAGUAACAUAAUGAGGACGACACCCAAUAAGAACAAGCCUUCAACAAUAUCAUCCUACAAUGGCCUUGCAGGGCGGAGGCAAGGUUGUGCAAUAAACGAAACCGUUGAACGCCCCAAGCCCAGUAGUGUGAUAGACAGUGAAGGUAUUGCCAAGAAGAUAGCGAGGAUAGACAAUGCAGGGUUUUUGUGCACCAGCACUUCAGAUACAGUUUGGAAUAGGCCUCGGACAAAUGUGGGAACCGCACGCUCAGCCUUACCAGGAAUCUGUGUGAUAUCCAGUAAGACACCCCCAGAACGCCCGAAACCACCGAGAAGAACCGUCCUUUCGCCGGCAGAUAAUGGUCAUCCAGAUAUGGCCAGUGAUAGAUAUGUGUCUUCUAGUGACAGGAGGCGCCUUAUCCCAUCUAACAGUCAUACAAGCGGUAACAGGGACCUGGUUGUCUCAAGACAAGGGGCAGGUGAUGGUUUUGAGACCCCAGACGUGUGCCUCAUGCCUCACAACUACAAGUGUCGUAUGUGCAGCUACUCAGCUGGCAGCUUUCAUAUGCUUCAGAUGCACUCUACCAAACACAGGGUAAGCAGUAAGACCUUCCGCUGUGCCCUGUGUGACUACACAACCAUCGAGAAGUCCAACCUUCGCAGACAUCGUCGCCUACACCACAAGUCCUCGCCUGUGAACACACUCAAGUGCACCAAAUGCUUAUUUACCACAUCACUCUCACGAAAGAUGCGCGAUCACUAUCAACAGGAGCACCCUGAUCUGCCAGCCUCCACAUUACUUCCAGCCCUCAACAGUGGGGUUGUGUCCCCGCCUGGUUUCCCAGGACAACCAAGUGUAUCCAUGGAAACAGACAGCUCCUACCCACCCCAUUACUACAACAACUCCCUUCUCAUAAACAACAGGUCCGACCGACUCGGUUAUCCAUACUCAAUUACAGGACGCCAUCCUCAAAUGAAUGUACCAUACGAUCAGUUUGGUUUGCCUUUUGGAGGGUAUCGCGACCGGCACAGUGAAACAAUGGCAUCAAACUAUCUUCGCUCCAUGGUGACGUCAAUAAUGAACUCUGAGGUAUCAUCCCGCCAUGCCCCUGCCACCAGCACAGUCACGUCGUCAGACUACUACAUGCCCCACGGUGUGGGCAGCUCACAGAUUCAGGAUGUUCACACGUGCAGCCACACCAGCUGUGGACAUGGCAGCUCAACCCCCAAUUCAGGUGUUAAAGUCAAAGUGGAAACCGAUCUCGACAUCUCUAGCUGUGCUUUAUCCAGCCCGCGCCUGUCCAGGCCACUCAGUGACCAGUCUGUGGACAACAGACAUGAAAACACUGUCACCCCUUCGAGCGUGCUGGACUCAUCGGUGACGUCUAAUACUGACUCGGUGCACAGGGAUGACUUGAACGCGGCUGAUGUGCCCACGGAUCUGUCAAGCGCUCUUAAACAACCAUCUGUUUCAGGUACUUCAUUUUCAUCGUCCCAUGGUCAACGCAUCAGUAGAAUCAACCUGGACAGUGUUGACCUUGAAAAUGGCCAUGAUAAGCUGACGCAUUCGAUAGUUAUAACUAGCAUGCCUUCAGUCAGCGAUACAGUUGUAAAGAUGGAUACAACAACGCGGGGGGUUCAGUGUGUUUUACCAUUAAUCAAAACUGAAAUAACCCUGGACGGCGACUAUUUUGACUUUUACAGCCGACCCCGUUUCAUGGGAGUGGACCAGGGAGUGCAGUGUAACCUAAGCAAUUCAAGUAAUCCAAAUAACCCAGCAGCUUUACCCAAUAGAUCUCAGCCCACAGCGAUUGGUCGUCAUGACUACAGAUCUCAGUCCCUCAGCGAAUCAGAUAACAGCGAACAUCAGUCCUCAUUCUGUGCAGAAUCUCGGUGCCACCACUGCGGUAUCUCGUUUGACGAUGAAGUGAUCUUCUCCAUUCACAUUGGCUGUCACAGCCACACAGACCCAUUCAAGUGCAAUGUUUGCGGCAAGCAGUGCGGUAAUAAAUAUGGCUUCUACUCGCAUAUAAUGCGAGGCCAUCAUUCGUAGAUUUGCAUUUCGUGUAAGAUACGCCUUUGCUGUCAUUUUACUUUUUAUGUCCCCCACUAUAGUAGUGGGGGACAUAUUGUUUUUGCCCUGUCUGUUGGUCUGUUGGUUGGUUGGUCUGUUGGUUGGUUUGCGCCAACUUUAACAUUUGCAAUAACUUUUGCAAUAUUGAAGAUAGCAACUUGAUAUUUGGCAUGCAUAUGUAUCUCAUGGAGCGGCACAUUUUGAGUGGUGAAAAGUCAAGGUCAAAGUCAUCCUUCAAGGUCAAAGGUCAAAUAUAUGGGUCAAAAUCGCUCAUUUAAUGUACACUAUUGCAGUAUUUCAAUAUUCAAGACAGCAACUUGAUAUUUGGCAUGCAUGUGUAUCUCAUGGAGCUGCACAUUUUGAGUGGUGAAAGGUCAAGGUCAGAUGUCAAAUAUAUGUGGCCAAAAUCGCUCAUUUUAUGAGUUCUUUUGCAAUAUUGAAGAUAGCAACUUGAUAUUUGGCAUGCAUGUGUAUCUCAUGGAGCUGCACAUUUUGAGUGGUGAAAGGUCAAGGUCAAGUUCAUCCUUCAAGGUCAGAGGUCAAAUAUAUGUGGCCCAAAUCGCUAAUUUUAUGAAUACUUUUGCAAUAUUGAAGAUAGCAACUUGAUAUUUGGCAUGCAUGUGUAUCUCAUGGAGCUGCACAUUUUUAGUGGUGAAAGGUCAAGGUCAAGGUCAUCCUUCAAGGUCAAAUAUAUGGGUCAAAAUUGCUCAUGUAAUGUCACUUCUGCAAUAUUGAAGCUAGCAAUUUUAUAUUUGAAAUGCAUGUGUAUCUCAUGGAGCUGCACAUUUUGAGUGGUGAAGGGUUAAGGUCAAGGUCAGCCUACAAGGUCAAACGUCAUAUAGGGGGACAUUGUGUUUCACAAACGCAUCUUGUUUAAGUCUUCACUUUGUAUCAAAAUUAUGUCUACACCAUCAAACGGAAUGUUACAUAAGUUAUGACAGGCAUUUCAAGUACAUAGACCAUCUUUCGCAGUGUCAGUCAAGUAGAGUCAAUUAAUAUUUUUUUGAAAGCAAACAUCACUCAACUACAAUGUUAUCAAUAAUACUAUCAGAGAACCAGCAUCAUGCAAAAAUAAUUCUUAUGAAAUAUGAUAUCAGCUUAUGUCCAGACCAGCCUGUGCAGCUGGGAAAAUAAUCUGACCAAAAUUUCCCCCAAAAUUAUGCCUAACUUUUCCAUGAAAUUCAAUAAUAGGUUAAUUGAGUUUAUUAUAAAGCAAUUUAAUUCCCUAGCAUUUUAUAAUAUAAAUUUAAGAAAGCAGUUAAACAUUCACAUUUAAACAGUUAGUAUACUGUUAUUUAUAAUCAUAUUAAUAAUUUUUCCCAAUUUCAUGGUCUAUCGAGCUAUUUUUCCCAAUUUCAUGGUCUAUCAAGCUUUUUUUCCCAAUAAAAAUGGCACAGGCUGUAAAAUGUAAAGCGGAAAAAAACUAACUGUUAAAGUACAGGACUAUAUAUCACUUGAUUAAACUGGAGUCCAACCAUUGUCUUGCUUAUCAGUAGAUACCAUUUGUUUCAUUUAAACAUUGACCAUUUUAAACAUAGACAGAUCUAUUAUCACUGACUUUAGAAGUGUGUACAUACAUGUAAUCAUUAAUGUUAUAUUAGAAUUUGCGCAAAUACUAUUUCUGUAAGAAAUGAUUGUAAAUAUUAAGCAAUAAUAUAUGGCAGCUGAGUGUUGUAUGUUAAGAUAAUGUUCUGUGCAAUACUUUGUAGUGGUUUCUUGAUACUUUUUCAUGGAAGUAUUUUUGUAUUACCUUUCAUACAUGUAAGACCAUACUUGUGAUCAAAUCACACACAAAAAUACAAGACGUUGUUAACAAAUUAAACCAUGGUAUGGUAUGAAUAUGUACAAUGUAGAUUGAAAUCAAAAUACAUGAAAGUAGACAAAAAAUGCUGGAUAAAAGUUUUGGAAUGAAUAUCACUAUAGGCAAAGUGGAUGUACUAUUUUCAAUGUUAAGUGAUAUAGAUAUAUUUUUUUUUUUAAAUUGAAUGCUUAAAACUUUCCUUUUUUGACAGCAAUUUUGUUGUGGCUUUUGAUAACAUGUUGAUUGAAAUAUGUUAAUGACUAUCAGUUAAAACAUGCUGGUUUUGAUUUUUAAUUUACUGGAAAUAGUGUAUGUGUGUGCCCCCCCCCCCAGAAUGUUAUGAAACACAUCAUGUAUUAUAAGCUUUGUGUAUUACAUUUUUCCUAAACAAGGGCUUUGGAAAUAGCUGUGAAUCUGGAAUUAUAUGGCAUAUAAUUUAUUAUAUUUUUAUGUGUGUGAAGUCAUUUACUUUUAUCAUGUCAUCAAACUAGGUGAACUUUCUAUUGCAAUUUCUCACAAUUUCUAUUACUUAAGGUAACAGUUUCAGAGUCUAGAUAAAAGUAUUAUCAGUUAUAGAAAAGUAUAAAUGCUUACAGUUAUCUUUAUCUGUGUUAAAAGUACCGGUAUGCUGGUAAUGACACACACUUGUAUUGUUAUCUUCAUGAUUCAAGAUUUUUUUCAUCAAAAUAAAUUAAUCAAGGCAGCUAAUUAUGUCAUAAUUAUAUAAAUUAAGUGUAUUAUAUCAUUUUAAAACUCAAUUGUGUUUUUUACCGCAUCAUUUUGUAUAGAUUACCUAUACCCAUAAAUAUUGGAAUUUAAGCACACUUCCGACAAAUGUUAGGCAAGAUCAUAAAUCCCCAAAACUUCAAAAAAAUGUUUCUGACAUUUGUUAUUAAUAUCUUUAUUAUCAUUAAAGCAGUAUGAUGGUUUCAUCUAAAAAUGUCUGGAAAAAUAUUUUAUAUUGUGUUGACAAGGGUAUUCUUGGCAAAUUGUAGAGUGAGUCCUUAACAAUUUAGUUUUCUAGUGUAGGAUGUUCUUAUUUCAAGCUGCAAUGAAUGACACGAGUUUACGAUGUAAAGAAAUGCUCUGUAAACUGACAGCAUAAUAUAUUGCAAUAUGUAUCACUGGGGUGUAAAAUGUAAUUGUACAUGUAUUUGCUUUAUUUGCCAACUAAGUCAGAUAUAAGUCAGAUAUACAAAUGGAUUUGAUUGAAAUGCAGUUUGUUCAGUUUGAUAAUCAGAUAAGAUAGCGUGUUUAGUAGAUAAUAAGUUUUUAUGCUUUGAUAAUCAAGAUUAAGACACACAGAGUCAAUUAUCUUACAAUAUUGUAGAUCUAUUGUAUGAAUGUAGGUCUGUUAAAAAUGUGUAUGUGUGAUAUUCACAUGUAAGAAUGUCGUUAUCUUAAACUUAUUUAUGAACAAGAAUAUAUUAGCAUAUAACUUUAUUUCAUCGGUGUAUGAACUGUCUGGGAAGUUAUGUAGUCAGUGUUUAUGAAUAAAUUAGGUGUCAUUUUCAUAGGGGAUGAAAGGCAGAAGUAUGCUAUUCAAGUCUUGUAAUAAGAAUGUUAUAGGAGCCGGGCUCUGUGAAAAGGGGGUUAAAUGCAUGUGCUUAAGUGCCGUCCCAGAUUAGCCUGUGCAGUCUGCAAAGGCUAAUCAGGGACAAAACUUUCCGCUUUUAUUAUAUUUUCUGUUGAAAGAAAGUCUCUUCUUAGUAAAAAUAAAGAUUAGGCUGAAAUUGUUGUCCCUGAUUAGCCUGUGCAGACUGCAUAAAGUGUCUUCCCAGAUUAACGUAUUCAGUUUGCACAGGCUAAUCAGGGACAACACUUUCCGCUUUCAUUAUAUUUUCUGUUUAAAGGAAGUCUCUUCUUAGCAAAAAUUCAGUUUUGGCGGAAAGUGUCGUCCCUGAUUAGCUUGCCUGGACUGCACAGGCUAGUCUGGAAGGACACUUUACGCACACGCAUUAAACCCCCUUUUCACAGAGCAUGGACCAUAUGUAGCUAUAUAUGAAUAUUUGUUUUAACCCUUUGCAUGCUGGGAAAUUUGUCGUCUGCAAAAAUGUUGUCUGCUGAAUUCCUAAAAUAAGCAUUUUUUUUCGAUUUUUUUUCAAAGAAUACUAUCAGAAUAGCAAACAGUUUGGAUCCUGAUGAGACGCCACGUUCUGUGGCGUCUCAUCUGUAUCCAAACUGUUUGCAAAGGCCUAUAAAAUUUGGUUCCCGCACUGAAAGGGUUAAGGUUGACAAUAAGAAGCUAGAAAAGAUCCUACAUCAGAGCAUGCAGUAACCCUUUCCCACUCAGAAGCAAAGUGAAAAUGGCUUUGUGCAAACAGCAUAAAACCAGAACAGUCUGCGAGUAACUCGCUGUCUGUUCAGGUUUUAUGCUGUUUGCUGCUCAUCAGUAUCUAAGGGUUGGAAAUGAAGCCUUUAAAACUUGAAUCUAGUAAGAAAGGUCUGUAACUCAAUUUAACUUUCUAAGGGACUACAAAUGCUCCAAAAUAUGUAUCUAUGUGGUAAAGGGAUUAACAUAUUUGAACAUGGAGCACACUGUAUGCUAGUAUUUACACUGAACAAAACUUUUAAGACUCAACUUAAGUAAUUAUGAUUUAGAGGUAACGAUUAUGUUAAUCUGUAUUAAAUUUGACAGCGUUUUGCUUUAAUCAGUACAUUUAUUAUGGGAACCUUGAUUAAUUUCAACCAGGGAAAUCAAACGGAAAGGCAUGAUUGAUUUCUAAAUUUUAAGGCAAUUGAAGAAAUGUGGUGUAGUGCAUUGUUUAUGGAACAUAAUAAUUAAAGAACAGAACAUGAGCAAACAGAAAGUGAUAAUUUAACCUGUCACAUCAAUUGUUGUAAAUUGAUUGUGUCUCUUUUUAUUUUGUAAUGACCAUGAUAUAUCAUAAUUUGUUAAGCUUGAUUGACUUGAUUAAUAUACAUUGUAGUAAAUUUGUUAAACAAAUUAAUAUAUUCUCAACAUUUAAAAUAUUUCACAUACUCUACAAACAAUUCAGUUUACAUUUGUAAACUAAAUUUAGUGUAAAUUAUAUGGCACUAACCUACUGUACUUCACUUGUAUUAUAUUCAACAUCAGAUAAGAGUUCAAUGUAACAAGAUACUAGUCAUUGGUGUACUUUACCAUUGGGGAAUUCCCAAUUAUUCAGCCUUUUGUUACCAUAUCUCAAGCUUAUAUAAGAUUUACUUAACAACAAUAUUUGUUGAACAUUGGGGCUUUUAUGUUUCUUUCUCAAAGUAAUAUGGAGACUUUUCUUCCCUUUCGUCACAUCAUUUCCCUUUGCCUAUAUGGACAGUCCAAUAUAUGGGCCGUGUUUUGUAAAAAAGGGGUUUUAACUAUAAUGCAUGUGCGUAAAGUGUUGUCCCGGAUUAGCCUGUGUUACUGGCAGGCCGUUCUGGUUUAAUGCUGUUUGCACAAGGCCAUUUUCACUUUG